AUGAUGGAAGUGGUCCGCACGGACGUCAUGAGGGGAGCUUUUGGUCGCGUGGCAGGUGGUGACAGGAAAGGACGAAAUGAGCGGCCUGAAGCCGAGUCUGAUGAUCCCCCACAGAUGCUCAGCUAUGACCCCGAGGCGGAUUUCACCAGUGAAAAUGGUCGAAAGGCACCUUACAAAACCAUGGAGGAAGCGAGCGGCAACCACGGACUGGUGGAGGAGAUCUUGGGAUUCUUCGUGGCGCCCUUCAGUGGCCACUACUCCUUUAUGACCUGGGGUCGUCUCUGGCAGGAUGUCUGGCUCAGCGAGUCCCCCGAUCCCAAAGAUAUGGUGCAAGUGGCCGAGCGGAUCGACUACGUCGCAUGCAGGACUGGCAAUCGACGACGUGCCGUCCACACUGGAUGUUCCAUCUUCUACAACUCCAGAAGUCAUACUUCGAACCAACUGGCGCACGUCGGCACCAAGUUGACGGAGGCCUACGGCACCAAAAGCGGGCAGGGCUUGGAAUUCCGGACGCCCACAGAGGUCUCGCUGCCGCUGGAACAAGGCGAGCGGCGCUUCUUCGUGAAGCGCCAGGUGCUGCCAGAGGACUGGAACUGGGUCACCAAGUAUGUGCCGAGGGAUCGCCAAGUCGUUCGACUAGCCUUGAUCAACAAAAAAGGUCGUGCUUACACUGCGACGGGCCUGCGCAUUCAUAAGCCGGACCGAUGGGUGGCUGGAAAUGUCCAGGUGGCUUUGACCAAGGGGGAUUUGUCCAACCUCACAGCCGCACAGCGCGAACUGCUGGCGGAUCGCAAGAGCUGGCCCGAGACGCUGGGUUUUGAAAGGCGAGAAAUGAAACCAACGUCAUCGCAGCGUGGUCCAAGGACUGUGAAGAUCACGCGGUACUAUUCGAAGUCGCUGGGAUCGCCUAUGGAGUCCCCAAAAGAGUGA